CCUGUGACCUCCUCUACCAAAGAACCAAUCUGAAUGUAAUUCAACUCCUCUACAGUCUCAUGGGAUUCUCACUCCCAGAACUCUUCAUUCGCUUGAGACCAUUCACAAACCCGAGUGACAGUGAAAUCGCACCACCUUGACUAAGCCAACGCAGGGACUUGCGUAAUUCCCGACCGACUACUCACAACUCUAGCUCCCACCCAACCAAAAGGCACAAGGCAACGACGUCAAAACCUCCACGAGGUUAGCAUCAGCACUAAUCUGAACUGCAAUCACCUACUGCAUUAGUUUACGAACUGUCUGCACAAGGCAGAUACGCCAGUGACUAUUUAAACUGAACGCAACGGCGUGGCUGCGAGCUUCUUUUCAUCGCAACAAUCCGAAUCCCGCAAUACAAACCAACAGGAACAAGACAACUCAAGCACCAGCUGCAUAAUAUAAUACACACCAGAACUCACCAUGGGUCUCUCCUACAACGUCUACCUAAACUCCCACAAAAUCUACGGCUGCAAGAACUGCAAAACCCAUCUUGCAAACCACGAGGACAUCGUCUCCCGGGUAUGUCUCCCCCCCCUCAUUCCCCUCUCUGUCCCCUCUCUGUCCCCUCCAUCUACUCUCCCUAAGUCCCGAUACUAACCAUGUCUCUUUUUGUACAGAACUUCCGCGGCCAACAUGGAAAAGCCUACCUCUUCAACAACGUCGUAAACGUAAACUCGGGCGACGCCUCGGAGCGCAACAUGACGACGGGCCGCCACAUCGUACGCGAUAUCGCGUGCAGACAGUGUGCCGAGACGGUGGGAUGGAAGUAUGAUAAGGCCUUUGAAGCAAGCGAGAAGUAUAAGGAGGGAAAAUUCAUUCUGGAGGCCGAGUUGCUCUGCACUGUUACGUAAAUGGACUGCGAGGGAUGGCGGAUGGCAUUAUUUGCGAUGGGAUAAUAUGGGAUGGGAUUGGUGUUUGGGUGUUCUUCUUCUUCUCUGGUACAAGUCUUUUAUCCUCCGAUGGCGAGGGGAGAGGACAGAGAUAGAGGUCAUUUGAGGGUUGUGAGGGUGUUUUUUUCUAAUUUGGGGUUCGGAUAGGCUGGGCUCGGGU